AUGCAGCUGGGAAUCCAAUCUGCUGCUGUUCUUGAUCCUCUGGGCACAGCUAUAGCUCGGGGCCCGCUGCUGCACCGGGGGUCUGCAGCAGCAGCAGCAGCAGCAGCGACUGCUGCUGCUGCAGACGCCGAAGAGUGGCCACUUCCUGUGGGAGAGCAGCAGCAGCAACGCCCGGAAGAGCAGCAGCUGCAGCAGCAGCAACAGCUGGCAGGCUUACAACGGCUGCAGCUGCAACAGACGGAGCAGCAGCAGAAGAUGCUAGUAAUGCUGCUGCAUGGAUUUGCUGCAGCAGAAAGAAGGCAUGAGCUCUGUGACAAAAUAUUUGACUGUCUUCUAGAGCCCCAAGACAUGGCAGCUGGGGUCGAGCAAGACAACAGCAGCAGCAGCAGCAGCAGCAGCAGCAGCAGCGGCAGCAGCUUCCCGGCGUUGCCUCCUCCUGCUGCAAGUGCUGCUGCUGCUGGUCCCGUGCUGCCGCAUGCUGUUGCAGCAAUAGUUGCCCUUUCUCUUGUGAAACUGAAGGCCUUCGACAGGAAAGAUGUGAUAAGGGCUAUUGCAGCAGCAAAUGGAGCCGCAGAGAGGCCUGAGGCAGAGCAGCAAACAGCAGCAGCGACAGGUGCUGCAGCAGAACCAGAGGCGGCAGCAGCAGCAGAUGCAGAAGCAGCAGCAGAUGCAGCAGCAGAAAAAGAAACAGCAGCAGAGGAAGAGAUGGUGCGGAGAGCUGCGGCGCGGCUGGCUGGGCAUGCAACUGUUCGCAUAAAGCAGCUGUCGCCGCAGCUGCUGGGCAGUGCUGCUCUCUCUGCUGCACGCGCGGCGCUGCAGCAGAGCCCGCAGCAGCAGCAGUUUCUCCUCGCAGCAGCUUUUGAAGUGCCGGCGCUGCAGCUGCAAGGAAGUUCGGGGCUGCAUGCAUCGACAGCUUUGCUGGCAGCUCUAGUGGAGGGCUGGAUGGUCUUUGCUGGUGCAGCACAGGAGGCCCCCCACGGCACCACGGCUACGGCUGAUCUUGCUGCUGCAGGCAGCAGCUGCAGCAACGGCGGCAGCAGCAGCAGCAGCAGCAGCGUGCAGUGGGCUACGCGGCCUGCUGAUGGCCUGGCCGAUGCCGAUGCUGCUGUUGCUGCUGCUGCUGCUGCUGCUGCUGCAGCACAAGAAAGAGUCCUGUUCUCGCGGCUGGCCCGGCUUGACGUGCCGUUCCUUAUGGCAUUCGCUAACGCGGUUGCUGCUCCCCGAACUUGUGGAGCUGCUGCUGCUGCUCAGCAGCAGCAGCAGCAGCAGCAGCAGCAGCAGAAUGAGAUCGGGUUCUUAAACUUCAGGCAGCAGCUGCAGCGGUUCUUACCCCUCACGCUGCUGCAGGAGAAAACAGCAGCCGAGGUGUACAGACACGCCGUCCCUAGGCAAGCCUGCGGAAGCCCGGCUUAUUUGCUGCAGCACUGGCGAGUUUCUGCUGCAGCAGCAGCAGCAGCAGCGCAGCUGCCGGAGCCGCAGCGCGAGAUGCUGCAGCACGGAAAGCUGCUGCCUGCAGCAGCCAGUGCUGCAGCAAGUGCAGCAAGUUUUCUUGUAAGGGAGCUGCGGUGUACAGACACUGCAAAAGUGCUGCAGGCUCCUGCUGCUUACGCUCGGCGGCUCAUCGCUUUUGCCGAGCUCGCGCAGCCCGGGCGUUUCUCAACUUCUCUUCGCGAGCAGCAGCAGCUACACGCAUCCCACAGGCCCAGCAGCAGCAGCAGCAGCAGCAGCAGCAGCAGCAGCAGCAGCUCCCUGGAAGCGGGGCCCGAGCAGGUGCUUAGUGCCCUCCUCAGCCCCCUCAAAGCCAACCCUGGGCUUUUCCCAGCAGCAGUAUGUGCUGCUGCUGCUCGUGUCGCUAUGGAGACAGGCGUUGGGGACCCGUUGUUUCUGGAGAGAGUGCUGCGGCGGCUUGCUUGCCCAGAAGACCAGCCUGGCAUUAAGCCGCCCCACAGCAGCAGCAGCAGCAGCAGCAGCAGCAGCAGCAACAGCAGGCCUGAAGAGCUGCUGCCGGCUGCAGCAUUCCUUGACUUGCUGCGGGGUGCUGCUGCUGCUGCAGCUCUGACUCGCCCGUCACGGCAGGCUCUAGAGGCCCUUGUGCGAAGACACAGGGACAGUUUGCUGCAGCGAGCUGAGCUGUCAGCUGCAGCUAUGGCACCCCUGCAACAGCUGCAGCUGUUGGAACUGCCAUUCGUCGUCCGAGUGCUGCAGCAGCAAAUAGCGGAGCUGCAGCAGCAGCUGCAGCAGCAGCUGCAGCAGCAGCGCGUCUGCAACCCUGCAGCAGCAGACUUGUCCGGCCUCGCAGAAUGCAUUUGCUGCCUCACAAGAAACGCAGCAGCGCAGCAGCUGCUCCGCCAAACAGACACGGGGGGCCCCCGUAGCUCCUUACCUGCUGCUGCUGCUGCUCAUAAUGAAGGGCCACAGCAAAAGGAUCCCGGGGGGGCCCCCCUGGGAGGCCCCUUGGGGGGCCCCCAGGGGGCCCCCUGGGGCCCCCAGGGGGCCCCCUGGGGGGCCCCCCAGGGAGGGCCUGAGGCCCUGGGGCUUCAUUUGCGACGGGCGCUGGAGUGGACAGCCGAGUUGCUUCUGUCGCUGCAGCAAGCCCAGUCCCAGGGUUUGCUGCAGCUUGUGAGCAGCAAGCAGCAGGCGCAGAAGCAGCUGCAGCAGCAGCAACAGCAGCAGCAGCAGCAGCAGAUUGUGAUGAUCGCCACGAUUGAGGCUCUGCUGCAGCUGCUGCAGGGAAUUGCAGCUCUGCCGUCUCUCCAGCGAGGGGCGGAUGCCAUGCUCGCUGCCUUGCUGCUGCUUCAGCAGCGCGGCAGCAGCAGCCAAAACCAGCAGCAGCAGCAGCAGCAGCAGCAGCAGCAGCACAGCUUAAUGUGCGACGCACUGCGUGCUGCAGCAGAUGCUCUGACUGCCAAUGCAUGGCCCCCUGCUGCUGCAGAUAAGGCACUGCGCCCAAGUGUCUCGGGCCCGCUGUCGCAUCUUGCUGCUCUUGCUGCUGCAGACAUCAGCGACGCAGCAGCAGCAGCUGCUGCAGCAGCUGCUGCAACAGCACGCAGCAGCAGUGCUGCUGGCGCUGUCCUGGGAGAAAUCGCUGCUGCAGGGACUCUCUUGCUGCAGCAGCUAGUGAUGCCGCACUACUUCCAGCUGCAGCAAAGAGAUUUGGUUUCUGUGGCUGCUUGGCACGUGGCUGUGCUGCUGCAGCCAGCAGCAGCAGCAGCAGCAGCAGCAGCAGCAGCAGAGCACGUACAGGGGCUGCUGCGGGCCCUGGGAAGCCUCGCAGAGGCCCGUCGGGGCCAAACCCUCGCAAAUGCGGACAAGGCUCAUAUGGCAAUUGUCAUCAGGUGA